UCAGCUGUGCGUAGUGGCGCGCGUGGCCGCGACGACCGCGGGCGGCCAGUCGAGUACUCCAGUCGUGUAUCGCGGGCGCUUGUGGGCAAUGCGGUGGACUCGCGCGCAAAUGGCGUCGCCGUGCCGUUAUGAACGAUUACGAGUGCGUGCCGUGCAGUAACGCGUACGGGCCGCGGCGUCCGGGCGCGGCGGUGCCUCGCGGCCCAACUUAAACGCGAGAGGCGCGCGUGUGUGCGUGCGUGUGUGUUGUGUACGUGCGCCGUACGCGCACCGAGUAUCCCUCGAGAAAGAGAGAGAGAGAGAGAGAGAGAGAGAGAGAAAGAGAAGGAGCGAGCGUGUGUACCUCCUCGCCGACGGGAUCGGGGGAGGAAUAAUUUUCGGAGCGCGCCUCCGUGCCGCGUCGGCCGCCACGGGGGAGCGGUGACGAGAGUUGCGGCGAUAGGUCUAGAAGGGGAUCGCAUGCCGAGAUGCAGGCGGAACUGAUAUACCGAAAACCGUCGACGAUGACGAGCCAGGGCGGUUAUCAUCACGCCGGCGGCGAUAACAACAAGCGGGAGAAGAACGGCGGACGGGACUCGCGGGAGGCGAUACACUCGGGCCACUUCAUGGUGUCGGACUUCGAGGCCGAGGCGCAGGACGACGAGGACGACCUCGCCGUGCCGGUGCCGGACCAGGAGGAGUCGAUCGCCAAGUUCUCGAUCACCGUCCCGCCGAAUUUCUUCCAGGACAGGUUCACGAGUUCGUGGAACAACAAGAUCACCUCGCAGCAGCUGAGCAUCGAGACGUCAUUGAACAAGCUCUUCCAGUGCAUGUCCCUCGCCUACAGACAGAAAUUGACAUCGCCUAAGUGGAAUCGCUUCAAAGGCAUCAGACUGAGAUGGAAGGACAAGAUCAGACUGAACAACGUGAUUUGGAGAUGCUGGCACAUGCAGUUUAUAUUGAAGCAGAACACACUAGUGUGCCAGUUUGCAUCACCACUUGAUGUCGAUACUCACAACAAGCCCGAGGCGGUGGUCUUAGAGGGAAAAUACUGGAAACGAAAGCUCGCGGCCGUCACAGCAGAAUACAAGAAAUGGCGUAUGUUCUACCGAAACAAGAUUCUUGGCUGGACGAACAAAGAUGGUACAGAGAUGAUGGAAUCAAUGGAUAUGCUGGAUUGGGGAGGUGUGUGUGGGACCACGGGUAAUUUCGGUGCGGGUACGGGAAAUGCAUACGGGAAUGCGAGCGGUGCUUCAGGCGGAGAAAGCAUGAUGGUUGACGAAGAUUAUAUGGAACUGAUGACCGAUACCCUUUUUUCAACCAUUAGUUCGAAUCAACCAAUAUACUUCCCAGAUCCUAGAGAAAUCGCGCGAGGUGCCAGCUUAGCAGAUUUUAUUCAACCUAGUCUGGGCCCCUUGCAACCGAAUUUGGACGAUUUUAUGGACACUCUAGAACCGUUGCAAGAAUUCCUAAACUCGAAAUUGCCUCCCGUACCCGAAGAGGACGAUAUGUUCCGGAAUAGUAGUCUAAAUACUAAUUAUUCAGAUUUAGACUUGAUGACCCCAGUUAAUCAAAUAAAUGAAAUAGGCGAGGAUCCGACGAUAAAAAACGAAGAACCACCCUCGCAACUGCCUCGGGAAGAGCAAGAGGCCAGCAUGCAGAAUCUCCAGUAUACCGCCAAGAUAUAUACUCAGCAUCAACCUGAAGCAACGAAUGUUUAUAGGAAUAACAUAGUUAUGAGUGAAGAUUACACUCUUCAGCCGAACUUUGAGGCGUCCAUCACUACGUCAAAUCAAUCCAUACAAGAAAAGACUAGAAGUAGCAGAGCGACAUCGCCGAGAAACAGUCACUUGAUACAGCAGCAGCAGCAACAACAGAAUAUGUAUCAAGCAACCGCGCAGCAACAGAAUUCGAGCUUCCAAUCGCAGCAGGCACAAUCUUACGCGAUGGAGAUUCAGGCAAUACGAUUGACACCGGUGCAAAAUCAACCGCAAUCCGUGCAAAUUACGACGUUGAACGACCAAUCGGCAGUUAACACCAGUCAGAUGCCUGCAAUCACUGCCGUGCCAAAUUUGGUGACAGUACAGCAUAAUUAUGUGCCAGCAGUCAAUUCGCAGCUGCAGACCCAGCAUCAACAAACAAUAAGACCUUUACCGACAGCCUCGCCCAUGUCCAGUAAACCUUACAAAAUUGUUCAGCCGCAGCAGCAGUGCUAUAAGUUUCCGAACCUCGUACAGAAUCUUAAUGCUCAACCGUGUAAAUUUAGCACCAACACCUUCAAGACGCAUCCCACACAACAAGUAGUAUCGGUUCCUUCGACGGAGCAAUCAUCACAGUCACAGAUAUUGCUGCAAUGCAGGUCAUCUGGUUUGGAUCUUACCGCGUCCACUUUGCAAACCAAGCUGUUACCUCAACCGACGACGUCUAACACGGAGAAAGAAGAGAUUUUUGCCGUACCUAAGUAUCAAAUAAAAGGGAGGAAUAGAUCACGAAGUAGCUCCUCUUUAAUGGCGCCUAGGAUACAUCCACCACCGCUAGUAUCUGCAGUGAGCGAUCCAGCCCUAAAUCUAAAUAACAAUGUUUUACUUGCACAUUUACUCACAAAUAAAGUAACGCAAGUAACAACAGCGCAACACAUCACGACGUCAGUGACUGUACCGACAAUGCAGACUUCUAGUAUACAGCAGACUUCUAGUAUACAACCACAGCAACAGACAAUGCAAGCCACAGCCCAUCAGAUUCUCUUAAAUACAAACAAUCAGACGCAUCAGUCCCAUAAUAGUCCAGUAGGUUCACCAAAAGAUAGCAGCUCUAACGCACACAGUCCUCAGGGUUUAAGUCUUAGCCCUCUACACAGUCCAAUGAGCAUAGGCAGUCCUUUAUCACCUACUCGUGGAUACAUGAAGAAUGAAUCGGAAAGGGGACAGUAUAAAGAGCAAAGGCGAGUCGGCCACAUUCAUGCGGAGCAAAAGCGCAGAUAUAAUAUCAAGAAUGGAUUCGACUUACUGCACAGUCUGAUACCGCAUCUUAGUCAGAAUUCUAAUGCAAAACUGAGCAAAGCCGCGAUGCUACAGAAAGGAGCGGAUUAUAUUCGGCAGCUUAAAGCAGAGAGAAAUCAAUUAAAGGAGGAAAUGGAAAGCUUGAGACAGCAAAUCGAGUGCCUUAAUUCAUCUAUUAGUAAUUGUCAAUCUAUGCUCCCUGCAACGGGUGCUCCAGUUUCUAGACACAGAACCAGUAAAAUGAAAGAGAUGUUUGAUGAAUAUGUACGUGUGCGCACGCAAGAAAACUGGAAAUUCUGGAUUUUCAGUAUAUUGUUAGAACCGCUGAUGGUAUCCUUCAAUACUUCAGUUUCGACUGCAAGUAUCGAGGAUUUAUACAGAAGUACAUUAGUGUGGGUUGAUCAACAUUGUUCGCUCGUCGAUCUCAGACCAGCUGUUUUGAAUUCUCUAAAAUCUCUAUGUACUGCCACUGAUAUUCUAUCAGACCCAACCCGCCUUCCUGAAGAAGCGCUCGCGGCAGUUAAUCGAACGGAACGCCGACGAUCCAUGCAGUGAUCGAGUACAUGAAUUCAACAGCAUGUUUGUAUAAAAAAAAGAUUUAGGUAUAUAUAUGAACGUAAGGGAUUAUAGUUACCGAAUAAUUUAAGUUAGUCUAUGCAAAACAAAAAGAAAACAUAAACAUUUCGGUUAAUCAGUAACUGAAAGAUAGACGAAAAAAUUAAGUGCAAUUCCUCUUUUUAUUGCAAUAUCACGUUAAAGUUGUAAAAUCAAUAAUGACAAAUUAUAUAAGAAACUUUUAUAGAUUUGAAUUAAUAAAAUAUAUAUACAUACUAUAUAGUUAUGUUGCAGUAUGUAUAUUGAUGGUGUACAAUAUAUCAUUGGUAUGGCACAAUUAUUCGCAGAUAAUUAUUUUUUUUAUAAAAAAAAUGUCUGUACUUUUUCUCAUUUAUUUCACCCAAUUCUAUGUGAUACUUUCAUUAAAGUAAAAUUUUACACAAGAUAAAAAAAAUUCUAAUAUCUUCACAGAGUAAUUUAUAAAACAUACAAUGAAGAAGAAUUACUAUAUAUAUAUUUAUAUCAUUUUUACGCAUAAUAAACAUAUAUAUGAUAAAUUUAUUCCACUGCUUUGAGGGAUAUUCUUCAGCUUAAUAAAUACGAUUAGGAAUAUAAUUUAAAAUUUGAUAAAAACAUUAUUAGGUUUCUAAGAUUUUCACUUUUGUCUUGAAAAAUGUUUUACGUAACUUAUUACAUAAGUGAUCAUAAUUAGAAAUUAUCAUAAGGUAGCUAUUAAAACAGUACAAGUCAUACUGUGAAUAAAUUUUUUUUAGCUUUAGAGUUUUUGCGGAAGUAGACGAUGAAAGAUAAGUAAUGUGUUAAAAAAAUAAUAAAACCAGUGCCAUAAGCGUUCUGAACUGUAAAGACAAAUAAAGAGUUAAAAAGAUACAUUUUGGAGAAAUGUGACUCAAAGAGUAAAGAUGCAAAUCAUUUUCUUAAUGUAACUUAUCAAUCAUUUGAUAAUUAUGCUGCUAUUAAAUUAUAUUGCACAACUACACCAAUAAGAGUGGUGUAGUUGUGUAUAUACUUUAUAUAAUUUAUGAUUGCGUGACGACGAUAAAAAGGGGGUUGCUCGUAAGUUACAUGUUCACACUAUUAUUAAAAUGAGAUCUUUAAUAUGAAAAUUCAUGUGAUAAUGUACAAAUCAUUUGCAAAAGAUUUGAACACCGAACGUAGCUUAAGCUACAAAGGGCUUCUGCAUAUUGUAACGUUAUGUUGAUAUAAAAUAUUGUAUAUAUAGUCUGAUGUUAAGAGAAGACAUAAUUCUUUAAAAGUUGAAUUUCUUUUCAAAUUGACACUUUAUUGUCAAUUGAUACUUCGUUCUGUUGAUUUGUUUUGUUUUAGAGCAUAAAGAAUAUUUUUUUAUAUACAAUAUAUAGAUGCCCACACUCAACUUACAUCGUGUAUGUACAAUGCAUAAGUGAUAAAUAAUAUAAGUAAACUCAUCGAAGGGAUGUUUUUUUUUGUACAAUAUGUAUCAUAUAAUCGUAAAAUUCCCAUGUUAUUAUUCAGAUGUUAUAACAACAUGAAGAGAUC